AUAUCGUAAAAUAAUUCAACAUAGCCCAAGUCCAAAUUCAAAAAACUUGUCUCCCAAGUUUGCGAAGACCUCAAUAUCCCAGGUCCUUCUCCUAUAAAUUAGCCACCCAUUUUACUCCUAUAUUCUCUAAAACAUUUUUCUUUGCUACAUUUUCCUAAUUCCCAAACGCCUAAAGUUCUUUAAUUACCAGCAAAUAUAUAUAAUGUGUCCAACAGGAAGUGUUUUACAUUCUGCAACCACCGGGAAGCCAAAUCUCCGGUCAGCAUUCGACGUUUUAGACGUUGACCGUGAUGGUAAGAUAAGCACCAACGAUCUCCGAACAUCAUACGGUGGGUUCCUCGGAAAUUCCGAGGAUGACGUCAUUGGUACGAUGAUGACGGUUGCAGAUUCCAACAAAGAUGGGUACGUGGAAUUCGAGGAAUUCCAGAAGGUUCUGGAUAAUUCUAGAAGGGUGAAUGUAAUGGAAGAUGUUUUCAAGGUGAUGGAUAAAGAUGGUGAUGGCCAAGUUGGGGCUGAGGAUCUUAAGAGUUAUCUGAAUUUUGCUGGGCUUCAAGCUGAUGAUGAUGAUGUUAAGGCCAUGAUUAAAUUGGGCCGUGGUGAUAAUGAUGAAAAUGGUGGUGUUACCUAUGAAGGUUUUCUCAAGAUUUUGUCUCUUUGAUUUGUUACUCCCAAAUUCAAUACAUAACAUUGGAACAAUUGCAGAGAAGAUUGAUGACGAUGAUAAAUGUUAGAUUAGGUGAAGAAGUAUCAUUGAUUUGAUUUUGUAUUUUUUAAUGAUUUGUGAAGUUCAAAGUAGCGUGUUGCAUUGCUUCA